AUCUUCGCCGGAUAAAGCUAAACAAUCGCUGAAGCGAAUUCGAGUUUUCGUUCGGGGUGUUUUUCGGUUUCUGCGUCGGGAAAGCUACUGCUCCUCCCUCUCUCUCUCUCUCUCUCUCUCUCCGUAUGUGUAAACGCGCACACUGCGUAUUUUAAGAAUACGAUUCACAUGAAAAAUCUCCUUCCGUGUGGAAGGAGGGAAAAUCAACGGCCUGUUUAAAUCUCUCUCUCUCUCUCUCUCUCUCUCUCUCUCUCUCUCUCUAUAUAUAUAUAUAUAUAUAUAUAUAUAUCUAUCUGAAUGGAAUCUCGCCAGCAUUUUCCUAUUGUCGUUGUAUGAAUUGCCGUUCCUCUGGGAUUUUCCUGUAUGUUCUUCUUCGUGAAACGAUUUGAGGUCGAGAAUCGGCCUUUUCGCCUCUAUUUCUAGCGUUCUUUUGGUGGUUUGGGCCUCAGAUUCCUGCCAUUGAGGGUUCAGUGAUAUGUGGAAAUGUGAAAUUGUGAAAAAACCGAUGAAUUUUAUAUAAUUCAAUUCCACUGUGAGGUCGAGAUUCGAGGCUUUUGUUGCGAUUUCUAGGGUUUUUCUUUUUGCAAUUUGAGCUUUGGAUUAUGCUCUGUGGAACUUUUGGUGGGAAUUUGAGGCCACGGAUUUGAGCUAAUUUGGCGGAGAUUCAAGGACUUUGUUACGAUUUCCGGUGUUUUUCUUUUCUGCAUGUUGAGCUUCGGAUUUCGUUUGUGGAGUUUUUGGUGGAAAACGUGGUGAAUUUGAUGGAAUUUAAUUAUCAGACGGAUUAUCAGGUCGAGCUCAGGGGUUAUCAUCUGUAACUGUGGAGUUAUUUUGUACCGUUCGAUCUGGAAAGGCCGAAGAUUAAGCAGAAUAUAUUGUGAGUUCUGCUUCCGUUUUAUUAUUCGGUGGAGAUCUGUCUUCUCAGAGUUUCUGUGAUUUUGUCCGAUCUCUGCGGGGUAUUUUGGAGGCUGCAGAUCACACAAGGAGGAUUGAUAUCAUUUGGAUUUAGAAGAUUAUCAGGCUGAAAUUACGUUGGCUUUAGAGGAUUGAAUUUGAGGUUCUCAGAGACUUUGCUUCCUACGCUUGAGGGAUAUCAAGACAAUGAUUGAUCAGUUCAUCAAUUUCAUUAUUCGGCCUCCUAGGUCAGAGUAUAAUCCAGACCAAUAUUUAUGGGAACAAGAAUUCACCCUUGCAGGCAAAACGUACAGACGGCAAGACUUGGAGCUUCAAAAUGGAAGAGGCCAUACCUUGAAGUGCAGUCAUUAUAUUCCUUCUCCCUUUCCGGAAAGCACUCCCCUUCCUUGUGUCAUUUAUUGCCAUGGAAAUAGCGGUUGUAGAGCAGAUGCAAAUGAUGUAGCUGUUAUUCUACUUCCUUCAAAUAUAACUGUCUUUACUCUUGAUUUUUCUGGCUCUGGCUUAUCUGAUGGCGAUUAUGUCAGCCUUGGUUGGCAUGAGAAAGAUGAUCUUAGAACUGUGGUGUCCUAUCUACGAAGCGACCCAAAAAAUUCAUGCAUAGGGCUUUGGGGACGAUCUAUGGGUGCUGUCACAAGCCUUCUUUAUGGAGCAGAAGACCCAUCUAUUGCUGGGAUAGUGUUGGACAGUGCUUUCUCCAACUUAUUUGAUCUGAUGAUGGAACUGGUGGAUGUUUACAAAAUCCGUCUUCCUAAAUUCACGGUUAAGGUGGGUGUUCAGUUAAUGCGGCGGGUCAUUCAGAAGAAGGCUAAGUUUGACAUUAUGAACCUAAAUUGCUUACAGGUUGCACCCAAGACUUUCAUUCCAGCUUUAUUUGGACAUGCUACUGGGGAUAUAUUCAUUCAGCCGCAUCAUUCUGAUCGUAUCUUUGAGUCGUAUGCGGGAGAUAAGAAUAUUAUUAAAUUUGAGGGAGACCACAAUUCCCACCGACCACAAUUUUAUUAUGAUUCGGUCUCCAUUUUCUUGUACAAUGUCCUACAACCUCCCCAAUUUUCAUCAGCACGUUCAAGUUUGCUUCAGAAUUUUUGUCAUUUGGGGAACUUGGAGGCCAGUGCGGGUAAAAAUGAGAGAUUAUGUGAGAUUACCACAGAUGCGGCAAGCUCAUCAUCAGUGCUUCCCUGGUUGUCAAAUGAGACAGUUUCAGCUACAAAAUCGAUGGGUGAAUUGCUUUCCGAGUCUGGAGAUUUUACGGAUAUAGUGGAUGAAGCAAAUGGGCAGAAUGAGAAGUGCUGUUCUUCUUCAAGCUCGAGUCGAGAGAGCUGGGGGAGAUGCUCCCCUAUAGUGCAAGUCAGUGAUGAGUCAUCAUCACCUGCAGAUAUCACAGGGACUGCCAGCAACAGACAUCAGAAUGGGCAGAUGUCAUUUAGGGCCCUCGUGACGCCUCUCAGAAAUAUACGGCGGAAAUUGAAGGACCCACCAAAGGAGAAGAUGAAGAGUAAGAAGGUGAAGAAGAGAACCCCGCUCAUUCUAAAGAAGCCAAUGCAUGGAAAAUUGGUUAAUUUGGAUAUGUUGAGUAAGCGGUUCCAACUCUGUGUGCUAAGGCACGUAAAACACAGGUGACGUCUCUCGUCAUCAAUGCCAAUGUAUUAUAAAAAUGUCUGUAACUGUAAUUCACUCUCUUCUGUUUUUUUUUGGCCUCUAAAGAAAAGAAAAGAAAAAAAAUGUGUGGGGGAUGGGUGUGUGUUUCCUUUUAUUUAGAACAGUUUUUUUUUUUUUUUUCUUGAUUUCAUUCCUCUGGGUAGAGGUUUGUGCUCCCUGUCAGGGGGUGUUUGGGUCAUUGCGUUGGGUUUGCCUGAAUCAGGAAUCAUGGGGGGGCCCUUCUCAUUAGCAAAAUGUAUGGCUUUCUGAUGAGGAGAAACGAGCAGCAUGGCCAUUUGGAC